GUGAUUAAAUAGUGUGGUAUAAUUGUGAGCCCAAAUCAUGGUCACACCAAAUACUAGACCUACCUUUGUUGCAAUUUUUUCCAAAGAUACACUUCCGCUAGAUAGAAAUACUAGAAAUCAUGUCUGAAUUGCAGGAAUUUAACCAGGCGGCCGAGGAUGUGAAGAACCUGAACACCACACCCGCGGACAACGACCUUUUGGAGCUAUACAGCCUGUACAAGCAGGCCACAGUGGGAGAUUGCAAUACAGAUAAACCCGGAUUCUUGGACUUCAAGGGCAAGGCCAAGUGGGAAGCAUGGAACAACCGCAAGGGAAUGAGCAAUGCCGACGCCCAGGGCGCCUACAUCGCUAAGGCCAAGGCCCUGAUCGCUGCCGUGGGUCUCAAGUCCUAGAUUUAAUCACCAAAGGAUAUUGCAUUUUUAAAUCUCAGUUGUCGUGAAACGCACAAUCUUCGAUUUUCCAGUGUUUGCACAAAAUAUAGCAUGAAUGUGUAACGUAAA